UAAUUGCUUUUCUUGAUCUUCGUCCUCUCCAAACUCGCCGGGUUUCAGUUGUUUGGAAACACGAAAUGUGGUUUUUCUAGCAACAGGACACAAGUGGAACCGAUGGUUUCAAAAUACAUUGAAGGCAUAAAGAUGGUAGCCGGCCAUAAUCAACGUUUAGCAGCCAAGGUAAUGAAAUGGCCGGCUGUUGCAGUGAUUGCUGCUGCGAGCUCUUUGUACACCAUGAAUCAUGCGAGAAACUGGUGGAUGGAUAUAACUGAUCGCCUGGGAUUAACUGUUAAUGCCCUUGAUGGGUCGGGUAUUUCUGAAGGAGGGACCAAGCAGCCUUGGUGGAAAAGCAUUUUGGGUAGGGUGAAGGAAGAGAUUCCUGCAAUACCUGUCGAAGUUAUGGACGAAGUUCUUAGAAAGGACGAGUUUUCUAAACCUAUGAAUGAAGGAAUCGUUUCAGGAUUUGAUACAAAUCAAUAUUCAGCCAACAGCCCAAUUGAGGAUCGUCAUAUAGAGUGCUUAUUCAGUUCUUCCAAGUCGUUUAUGUUUGGGGUAUUCGAUGGACACAGUGGUUAUCACUGCUCGGAAACCCUGAGACAAAGAAUGCCUCAAUACAUUUCUUGUGCUAUAGCAAGUGAUGAUAAGGCUAAAAGAAAGAUUGAUAAAAUUAAAUCACGUAGUUAUGAUAUUAUAGGAAAAGAGCAUGAUGAUAAUCCUGUGAUAGAACUUGCUAAAAACUUUGACAGGAAACAGAAAAUGCUUCAGACUGGCUCUGAUGAAUUCUGUAACUUUUUGGAUAAAUCUGAAAAUCGAUUUUCUCAGAGUGAGUUGUUGAAGUUGGCUUUCUCCACACUUGAUAGAGAUAUAUGCAAAGAAGCAGUUCCAAGUGGGUUUGCAGAUGAAUCAUUGCUAAUUGGGUUGGCAGGAUCAUGUGCUAUUGCUUCAGUUAUCCAAGGAGAUGAUCUCUACAUUGCUAAUACAGGAGACUGCAGAGCUGUGAUUGGAAAGCAUUCGUCAUCCGGUAAGUGGAUUGCCAACCAAAUUACUCAGGAUCAGACGGUUGAGAAUAUCAGUGAAGUUGAAAGAAUAGAGCAUGAACACCCAAAUGAACAGAAAACUGUAAUCCGCAACGGGCGUCUUUUAGGACAGCUGCAGCCAUUGCGUUCUUUUGGUGAUGUACAAUACAAAUGGAGCAAGGAGCUACACGAAAAAGUCAUCAAUGUAGUUUACGGUAGGCCUGUAGUUUCCCCUUUUAGUUACUUGACGCCGCCUUACCUCACAGCAGAGCCUGUUGUUAGUCAUCGAAAGAUAACAGACGAAGAUAGGUUUCUUAUAAUUGCUACUGAUGGACUUUGGGAAAAGAUUUCCAGUGAACAAGCAGUGAAGCUUGUUGGCUCGCAUUUAGACAACAUAAAGAAAAGUGAACAGGAAGAGAAUGGCGCCACUUUGUUGAUCAAAUACGCGUUAGGAAAGGGAAAUGACAGUGCUUUAGCGAAUAUGAUGUCAUUACCUGUUGAAUACAAACGUCAUUUUCAUGAUGAUAUCACUGUCACAGUUGUUUAUUUUAAUAGCAAUUUUAAGAAUUCAAAACUUUAGAUGAUUUUAUUGCCUAAAUACGUAUAUACUAUUUUUAGCAAGCUACUCGUCUAUUGUGUGGUUUUAAAACUAUAUUUGCUAUGUUCGCACACUUAUUAAACUGAUCUUAUUAAAAUGAUAACUUAAUAUAUGAGCUGUGUGUUUUUGUUAUUUUUAUAUGUUUAGAUUAAAGAAUCAAAUAAAGA